AUGUUACUGCGUUGCAGUUUACGCAGGCAUAAGAGUUACAGGAAAAGCCUGUACCGACAUCAAUAUCUGCAAGUGGUGAUUGUCCUGCAUCGACAGUCUGGGAAGAUUUCGAAGAAAUUUCACUAG